UGUAUCUUUAAGGGAGAGUGAAAUUAUGUGUAUUUUGACAAAUUUGAAGAGCAUAGGUAAUCAAAGCAUUGUUUCCAUAGUUUUCAAUUGUCUCGGGGAUUUCCAUGUCUAAAUUUAGCUCGGGUAUUUCUCACCAAAUGGAACUUGUGAAGAGCAAUUAAAUAACACAAUGGAUGUCCAGACCAUGUCUGAGUCAGUGUAUGUGGGGAUGUGUAUCAAGAUAGGGACCCCACAACAGGUGGCCUCCAGGAGAGAUAUAUGGGAUAUCAGGGAGCUGUUGAGGAAUCAACAUGGUGUGCAGAGAUCAAUGAGGAGUGGAAGUCGGAGAGAAGGGUUCAGAUUACCUGAUUCAGACGUAGACACUAUGUACUGGCAAACUAACCACCGAGUGAUCUGGGACUUCUCUCAGUCUGAGUUUUACAACAUACACAGACAGGCAAUGAUUCUUUGUGACAAUUCUGAGAGUCCAGCAGGAUUUACGUUACUUUGGUUACCAUUGGAGAGGGCUGGACAAGAAGUGUUGUCAUCGUGUGUGAGGAUGAAUGGAGGACUUUAUAUAUCAAGUUCUAAAUACAGAGAGAACGUGUGUGCAUCACUCACUCCUGAUGACAGGAUACAUGGGCCAUGUAGCACUAGAACAGACGGUUUAGAAAAUUACCUCACACUUGAUCAUGAUGAAGCUUAUUGUUUUGUCAGUGAUUUUUGGCCUCCCUCUGCCUCCUCAUGGAUAGACAGAUGUCACUCAUGGCCCCCACUUCAUGUUGUCAAUGACAUCGUCAGAAAUGGAUGUCACUUUGUAGCAAUAGGACACAAACUAGGAAACCAUGAAGACAACGAAUGGAGAAUUUCUUUCUCUCAGGCAGAGUACAAACUUGUGUACUCAAUGAAUCAUACACAGUUCAUAACAUAUGGGUUGAUGAAAUUGUUUUUAAAGGAAAUAAUAAACAAAGAAUUGAGAGAUGAAGAAACACAGCUGUGUUCCUACCACAUGAAAACAGCUGUUUUUUGGGCCAUUCAACAAAACACACUACCUCAAUGGUGUCCCCAAAAUCUCCUGGCCGGUUUCUGGGUAUGCUUCAGACUUCUCAUUAAAUGGGUGUAUGAGGGGAUCUGUCCAAAUUUUUUCAUUCCAGAAAACAACAUGUUUCUGAGUAAAAUCCAUGGCCAAGCACAAACAAGUUUAUUCAGGCGACUGUAUGGGUUGUAUGAGAGGGGUAUAGCAUUGCUGCUACACAGUCCCUCCAUCAGGUCCUCUAUCAUUGAUGUCCUCUGUAAUCCCAGACUCACCGUGUGUACUGAUGAACACACUCUGAUCUCUGAGGCUGAGUUUGAUGUAGAAUUAUUUAGAGAGAUACAUAGUAAUGAUGCACACCGCACAUCAGAGCUACGGGCUGAGCUCUGUAUGAAGUACCUACACACAAUAGAACAGUUGAUAGAGUCCCCCCUGACACAGUAUCAAGUUGUAAGUUUACAGAAACAUACAGCCACCAUCCUUGAGUGCACUGCUUUUAUAUUACACAACAUGUACACUAACACAGGUGUCAACAAACAGAUGUAUAUUGCUGACAAAAUGUCAAGGCACAUGCUAGAAUUAGUAGCCAAGUUUGGGUUUGUUUCUGACAUGUUGUACAUUGCCAUGUUUUAUUACAAGACACUCAGAUACAGGGAAGCUUUAUCUGUUAUAGAGUUGACAAAGGUCAAGUUAGUACAGCCAUAUCUGAUGUAUAAUGGAUAUGUAGACAGAGAGAGGUAUACUGCGGCUGUAGGGGGACAGUCCUUGUCUACAAAGAUGAGACAGGCUGUAGCAAGGGAUAUCAAACUUUACGAUGAAAUAUGUUAUAUCAGUGAACUGCUACCAGAACAACAGUCUUGUACACUAAACAGUAGCCAUACAUUGCUCAUUCCUCUCUAUGUAUUGUUACACAUGUUAGAGUUUUUAAGCUCUAGACAUGUUGACACAGUGAGAGCACAAGCAGCUCUAGAUGAUCUACAGGUCCUAGUCCACCAUGAUCAGGGACCGUUAAUUCCUUUUUACCACAGAGACAUCUCCUGGGAGAUCCUGGGGAUCUGUCAACAGAUGGCAGGGAACCUCCAGGCUGCCCUGUACUCAUACCAACAGUCACUCAGACAAGAUCCAUUCCAUAAAAUACAAACUGCUACCACAAAAAGAAUUAAUGAUUUACAUAUACCACCAUAAGCAGGUUAAAAUAUAUUGCAUGUCUUGAGAUAUCCAAAAGAUGCAUGCAGAUAAAGAAGUGUGUGAAAAAUAUUUGAGAGAGAGAGAGAGAGAGAGAGAGAGAGAGAAAUUCCCUUUUUUGAAAGGUGAGUUUUAUUUCAGUUUUGCUUUUGUGUGUUAAUUUGUGGUAGUAUAUGUUCUACUUUGUUAUCAAAUUAUAUUAAUCAAAGGUUAAUAUAAAAUAAAGUUUUUCUACC